CCGUUGAGUUGACUGCUAUAGUCGCGCCACCACUAUAGCGGUUGGGAAUCAGUUUAGAUCAGACCAUCUGGUCCUUUUUGUGCUUAGUGUUUGAUAAUGAGGGUUGAACGGAAAAAUAUAAACCGACCUCGGGAAAUCAACGUGUUUUCGCAAAGCUUUGUGCCAAGUGAUAUCGUACCUUUAAUGACUUGAUUCGGCCUCCAGGUUUUGUGUAAACUUCAAUAAGUGUUUGAGUUUAAAUUGGAAAAACUCUGAAUCUAAGUAGAGGGUUGAAUGUUUCGUUCUCGUUGCAACAAAACAAGUGAGAAGGUUCGCGCGACGGUUCACGACUUCGGUGUCCCUUCGACUUUUCUUGUAUUUCCAGAAGACAAGGCAGAUGAAACGAUGCUGGCUUUCAACAGAAAGAAAAAAUACUGACUGCGGUGCACUGCAAAAUGAUAUUUUUUAACGAAUUUGUUGCUGCGAGAUUUAAAUAAUCAACGGUCAAAAAGUGAUUCCCGAUUGCGACGGUAACUAUUUUCUGAACACACCAUCAAUAUGGCUUUAAACAAGAGCAACAAGAGCACGCCGAGUUCGCGUAGUGGCUAUCUCAGGGAGUUGACAGCUUCAGCUGGAAAAACGAGCAAUUUUCUCCUCCCUGUAAGAAUAAAAGUUACGCCGCAACACAACAGUACAAUUGCUCCAUUAUCAGGUGGAAAAAAAAAUCAUACCAAAAUGAUGCAGCCUGUUUUGAUUAAAGAUUUACUCCAAAGCACUCAAAAGAGUAAAAGCACAACUCUUGCAUCAGUAUCAACGCAAAAGAAAAGAGCUCGAGCUCAAAGAUCUAUUCAGCCUUAUUUAAAUACACAAAGUUGUUAUAAGCCUAAAGGAAAUGAAGAUGCUGAAUCAUCCUUUUUAGGCAGGAAAUCUUAUGGUGGAAAUAAAGUUCGGAGACAGUUGUACCAGACUUUGGACUCCCCACAGAGAUCAGCUCUAGAUGGAAAAGAAAAUACAGCCAAAAACGUUAAGCCUAGAGUCAAAUCGACUCGAGAUUCUGAAGUACCUGCAGCAAAAAGCUUCCAAAUGUUGAAUAAAAGUAGGAAAAGUCUGCUUUUACCACCUAAUAGCAUUAGAAAUAGUAUUAUAAGAAAAUCAGGAAACUUUAAACCUCCUGGUAAACAAGGUGUUAAAAGUAAUGCAUCAGUUGUAAAUAAGUCCACUAAAGACGUUUCGCGCGUCACAGAAGCAAAACUUGUGAAAAAUAAUCUUAAGAAAAACGUUCAAAAGGUGGAAGAUGAUAUAGACAUGGAAACGGAUUUUUCUUCUCCAGAUGCAGAUGUACAUGGCAGGGAAGAAUCGCGUGUGACGCGAGAAAUUUACACCAUGACGUCUCCUAUGCGUAGAGAGGCAGCCUCAAGUAAGAGUUUAUUUAAUUUAAAUAAAUUAGAAAGGCCAUUGGUCAUUGUUAAGUCUGCAACUAAAAAAACAAAUAAUGGAGAAGCUCCUUGUCUAGAGAUGCAAAAUUUAAAUAUCAAUCCAACACAGUCUUAUUCCCACUGCCCAGAGUUUGAUUUUUCACAAAUAAAUUGCUCAGAUACCGACGGUAUAAUGCAGUGCAAAGCUUAUCUUGAGCAGUCUAUUCAAGCUUGUGAAGACCAAGCUUUUAAACUAAAGCAAGUAUUAAAUUUUGUAAACGCCUUAUUUGUUAAAGCCAAAACAAUGCCUACAAAAGAGACAGUAAACAUUCAGACUGAUGAACAGAUUAGAACUGAUGAUAAAUUUGAUAUUUCUUCAAAUACAAUGGUGAAUAGUCAAAAUUCGUCAGACGUAACCGAUAUAAUAGACAAAAGUUUGGAAAAUAAAGAAAUCACAGAUGAUGUGAAUUCUUUAAGCACAGCAAAACCAGAAAUCAAAGUUUAUGUAGAUGAAGAAAAUAAUGACAUUGAAACAACAGAAAAGUUGCCGAUUCCCAUAAAAAUCCUCGUUACGCAAGCCGAUUUGAAUCAAGAAGCGAAAGACACGUCGUCUGACACGCUGAGCGAAAUGGCUCGUUUGUCAACGAUCGGCGAAGUAUCUUGCGAGGGUGACGAGUCGAAUAAAGACGAAUCAAGGAAAGAAGAAAAGAAUGAAAAAGAGUCAGAAAAUAAGGAAAACAUCGAGGACUCUUCACCAAUGCUAUUAACUCCGACCGUCUCUCCAAAAACACCUAAAACACCUCGGCGUAGAUCGGUUAUGCCAGGAAGCGGCGAACGAAGACGAUCUGCUAGAUUGGCAGCAAAGCGUAGGUCCCUCUCCGUUGUGUCAGACACAGAAUCCGAUAAACAGGACAGUUUUACCCUUUUAGAAAACGAGUUGAACGUAGUGCACGAAGUCAAGGUGUCGUCUAAAUCUUUACCGGCGUCGCCGAUGAAGGCACCUAUGACGCCUGGUUGCAUCAAACAGUGGGACAAGAGAGUGGAGCGACCACUUAGGGAAUACAUGGCAUUGAAGAUGAACGGUACCUUCUUGGUGACGCCGGAUGUUAAGAGAUUCCAGUCCUGUCUUGAGCCCACUGAUACGCCUCACUCCAGGAAGUCUCUUUCGAGAAAGAUCUUCAUGGAGCUAUGUGAUCUGUAUGCCGAGUCCCCAGAACCUAAGUGAAUGAAUGAAUGAUUGACAAACUAUAUAUAUAUAUUGCUGUGCAUAAGUAUAUUUAUAAGUAGGGAAAAAGCGGUUAUUUAUAUAAAAAAUGUGUAAAUCUUGAAAAGAAUUUGGAUUUCAUGAUGCAUGCAUUAUCUGAACUAUGGCAUGGCUAUUAUUUCUUCGAGAAUAAUUGUACAUGCUGGCUAUGUUAUACUUGUUAGAAUAGAGUAAUUUCACUAUAUUUAAUUCGAGCAAAAUAUUUUAUUCUAGUAUACGAAAUUUUAAUAAUAAAAUUACGUUUUAUCCAA